AUGUUCACUAAUUACAUUAUUUUAUUGGGCUUAUUAUUACUAAUAUCAAUGGUAUCAUGUCGUCCAUCACAAUGUCAAGUUGAUUAUGUUGAUUUUUCAACAAAAGUUCGUGAUUCACCCAUUGUUCUUUUUGGUGAAACAAUGACAAAAAAUAUGAUUCCAAAUGUAAUGGAUCAAUUCAAUGUUACAUUUCAAGUUAAUUGUAUAUUUAAAGGAAAACCAACAAAUCAUACUAUCAGUAUUACUCAAGCAGGAUAUACAUCUGGACAUCGUUAUUGUCAAGAUUUGGCAGCUGGUAAAACGUACAUUGUUUUUCUUGAAGAAUGGAAAGAUGUCUAUCGUCCAGUAGAUUUUCAAGAAGUUGAAUAUUCAACUAGUUAUAAUUCAACAUUGGAAUUAUUAGAAAAAACUUGUAAUUUGACACGUCUGUCGCCAAUAAGUUUCAAUGGAACAAUUGAUAAAUGUCCACAUGUUUCAACAGCAUGUGAUGAAAUUAAAAUGGACACUACGACAUCGUCAAAGUUUAAUGUUGAUAGUGCGGGUAAUGCGAUUGAUCAUUUAUUCUCAACUUCUCACACAAUUAUUGGCGAUAUUGUAACAUCACGUUAUCAGCUAUUCAAUGUUUCCUUGAAUAAUACUGGCCACCAAACGUAUCCGAUUCAUAGUGCACAAGAAGAAUUAGAUGCAAAAUUAAAUCAACAACGUGGUAAAUCACAAUUUUCAGAUGAACAACAAUCACCCAAUAGUGCAUCUUCCAUUUAUCAAAAUUUUCUCCUUAUCACAUUUUUUUUCGCAUGUGUUGUAUUCGUACAAUAA